AAUUUACAAAGAAACGAUAUUCUUCAUGUGUGUGAGGUGGUUUUCAGUUAUGAGUUGGAGAUUGCUAUUCUAGACAAUAAUAUGCAUAAUGAAGGGGCAAGUGUGGCAGUUGAUGAUAAUCAAGAUUACUCUAAUCCUAUUGAUUGUGGUGUCAGUCCUGAUGUGACCAACUUUAAUGCUCUCUUACAAUGGAAACACAACACAACCAAUAAUGUACCAUCAUCAAGUGUACAGACUGCUGGUGUAUAUCAGGUGUACGAGAAUGGUGUGCAGCGGCUCUACAUCAAGUCAGCUAGUACCUCUGACAUUGGAGUGUAUACAUGCCAAUAUACUGCAACUGAUGGCUCUAUAGUGUCAAAGUCGUUUACACUGAAUGUAAUUGUGGUGGAUUGUGUUUGGGGCGGUUGGAGUUCAUGUAGUGUUCAGUGUGGAAAGGGUACCAGAACUCGGCAGAUCAGUCAAGUGGCCAGUGCGAGUGGUCACAAUUGUACAGGACCGUCAACUGAGAGUUGCAUAGUCACAUCUUGUAUGGCUUCUGAUUUAGCUGUCAGUGUAGGAGCAACAGUGACUCUGAGCACACAGUAUAGCACUACUACGCAUUUGCCCAAAUUGGCGAUAGAUGGUAAUUUAGCAAGUGAUGGUUGGUUAUGUGCUGCCACAGUGAUUGCAACUAAUCAGUGGCUUCGUAUUGAGUUGAAGAAGGAGUACUUUGUGUCAAGUGUUGGGGUUAUCCUGCCUACUCCUAGAACUACAAAUGUUAAUGUUCGUGUUGGUAGUGACUUAACAGACAAUGGGAAUGCCAAUCACAAUUGUGGAACGGUUCCAGGUGCCAACUCUCUGAGUUGGAGAAAUGUUAGUUGUAAUCCAGCAGUUUGGGGAAAAUACAUCAAUUUACAAAGAAACGAUAUUCUUCAUGUGUGUGAGGUGGUUUUCAGUUAUGAGUUGGAGAUUGCUAUUCUAGACAAUAAUAUGCAUAAUGAAGGGGCAAGUGUGGCAGUUGAUGAUAAUCAAGAUUACUCUAAUCCUAUUGAUUGUGGUGUCAGUCCUGAUGUGACCAACUUUAAUGCUCUCUUACAAUGGAAACACAACACAACCAAUAAUGUACCAUCAUCAAGUGUACAGACUGCUGGUGUAUAUCAGGUGUACGAGAAUGGUGUGCAGCGGCUCUACAUCAAGUCAGCUAGUACCUCUGACAUUGGAGUGUAUACAUGCCAAUAUACUGCAACUGAUGGCUCUAUAGUGUCAAAGUCGUUUACACUGAAUGUAAUUGUGGUGGAUUGUGUUUGGAGCGGUUGGAGUUCAUGUAGUGUUCAGUGUGGAAAGGGUACCAAAACUCGGCAGAUCAGUCAAGUGGCCAGUGCGAGUGGUCACAAUUGUACAGGACCGUCAACUGAGAGUUGCAUAGUCACAUCUUGUAUGGCUUCUGAUUUAGCUGUCAGUGUAGGAGCAACAGUGACUCUGAGCACACAGUAUAGCGCUACUACGCAUUUGCCCAAAUUGGCGAUAGAUGGUAAUUUAGCAAGUGAUGGUUGGUUAUGUGCUGCCACAGUGAUUGCAACUAAUCAGUGGCUUCGUAUUGAGUUGAAGAAGGAGUACUUUGUGUCAAGUGUUGGGGUUAUCCUGCCUACUCCUAGAACUACAAAUGUUAAUGUUCGUGUUGGUAGUGACUUAACAGACAAUGGGAAUGCCAAUCACAAUUGUGGAACGGUUCCAGGUGCCAACUCUCUGAGUUGGAGAAAUGUUAGUUGUAAUCCAGCAGUUUGGGGAAAAUACAUCAAUUUACAAAGAAACGAUAUUCUUCAUGUGUGUGAGGUGGUUUUCAGUUAUGAGUUGGAGAUUGCUAUUCUAGACAAUAAUAUGCAUAUUGAAGGGGCAAGUGUGGCAGUUGAUGAUAAUCAAGAUUACUCUAAUCCUAUUGAUUGUGGUGUCAGUCCUGAUGUGACCAACUUUAAUGCUCUCUUACAAUGGAAACACAACACAACCAAUAAUGUACCAUCAUCAAGUGUACAGACUGCUGGUGUAUAUCAGGUGUACGAGAAUGGUGUGCAGCGGCUCUACAUCAAGUCAGCUAGUACCUCUGACAUUGGAGUGUAUACAUGCCAAUAUACUGCAACUGAUGGCUCUAUAGUGUCAAAGUCGUUUACACUGAAUGUAAUUGUGGUGGAUUGUGUUUGGAGCGGUUGGAGUUCAUGUAGUGUUCAGUGUGGAAAGGGUACCAAAACUCGGCAGAUCAGUCAAGUGGCCAGUGCGAGUGGUCACAAUUGUACAGGACCGUCAACUGAGAGUUGCAUAGUCACAUCUUGUAUGGCUUCUGAUUUAGCUGUCAGUGUAGGAGCAACAGUGACUCUGAGCACACAGUAUAGCACUACUACGCAUUUUCCCAAAUUGGCAAUAGAUGGUAAUUUAGCAAGUGAUGGUCGGUUAUGUGCUGCCACACAGAAGGCAACUAAUCAGUGGCUUCGUAUUGAGUUGAAGAAUGAGUACUUUGUGUCAAGUGUUGGGGUUAUCCUGCCUACUGGUAGAACUACAAAUGUUAAUGUUCGUGUUGGUAGUGACUUAACAGACAAUGGGAAUGCCAAUCACAAUUGUGGAACGGUUCCAGGUGCCAACUCUCUGAAUUGGAGAAAUGUUAGUUGUAAUCCAGCAGUUUGGGGAAAAUACAUCAAUUUACAAAGAAACGAUAUUCUUCAUGUGUGUGAGGUGGUUUUCAGUUAUGAGUUGGAGAUUGCUAUUCUAGACAAUAAUAUGCAUAUUGAAGGGACAAGUGUGGCAGCUGAUGAUAAUCAAGAUUACUCUAAUCCUAUUGAUUGUGGUGUCAGUCCUGAUGUGACCAACUUUAAUGCUCUCUUACAAUGGAAACACAACACAACCAAUAGUGUACGAUCAUCAAGUGUACAGAAUACUGGUGUAUAUCAGGUGUACGAGAAUGGUGUGCAGCGGCUCUACAUCAAGUCAGCUAGUACCUCUGACAUUGGAGUGUAUACAUGCCAAUAUACUGCAACUGAUGGCUCUAUAGUGUCAAAGUCAUUUACACUGAACGUCAAUGUAAACUGUGAAUGGAGCUCAUGGUCAAAUUGUACAUCAUCGUGUAGUUUUGGAACUCAUAGUCGUACACGAGGACGUCUUAAGCAACACAAUGGAAUGGACUGUGUGGGGUCGCCAACUGAGAACUGUGACAGCAAACAACCACCAUGUGCACCAACAGCUGGGCAGUCACCAGGAGUUACUUUUGAUGAGUUGUCAGUGCAAGAGUUAAGUUGCACAGCUUCACAGUAUUCUGGUCUGAGAGGAGACAUUACAUUUGGAUGGUACAGAAAAGAGAAUGGAGUUGAUGCAGCUAUUGCAGUAGACACUCGAGUGACAAAUUUAACGAAUAUUGAUGGUGUGGGCAGAUUUACUGGGAAAUUGAAAUUUGCAUAUGUGAAGCGUUCAGAUAGAGGAUUAAUCAAGUGCAGGGCUUUUAACAAGUAUGGUGCUAGUGAUAUGUCUUCAUCUACAUCAGUUGAUGUCAAAUAUGCUCCUGAAUUUGUUGAAAUUAAAUCAUCCAAUCCAGUGGGUGUGAAAGGACAAAGUAUCACUUUAAACUGUACUGCUGGUGGUAAUCCCUCUCCAGAUUAUCAAUGGAGAGGAGGCAAGAGUGCAACAGGAUCUACUCUGGAAUUAACAUCACUUGAAUUUAAAGAUGAAGGGACAUACACAUGUGUUGCUAGUAACACUAUUGAGGCUGGUGCUAGGUCCAGUAGUGCAUCAGUACAGUUGACAAUUGAAGGUCCUCCACAGAGAUGUGUUGUGUUGUCAGUCAAAAGCUAUAAUGACUCUGAAGUGAAUGUCAAAGUCAACUGUCCCGAAAAUGGAAAUUCAAGUGUAACUGAAUAUUGUAUAGAAUAUCAGUUGGAUAGUGGUACCAACAACAUGCAGUGGGAACAAAGAGAAUUCAGUGCUUCUGAUCCUCAACCGUUUGUUGUUGUUGGUCUCAGUCCAUUUACAAAGUACAGAUUUAGAGCAACAGCAAGCAACAGGCAUGGCUACGAACCUAGAAGUUCAGCAGCUGUCAAUGUGGUGCCUGUGACUACUGCUGAAGGCUAUCCUGGUUUUCCCACUUCAGUGAGUUUAUCAGGAAAUGCUUCUGCUCGCUGGUUUGUUGUCUUUUGGUCACUUCCCAGUACACCUAAUGGUGUUCCUCACUAUUACUUUGUUUACUACAAACCAAUUGGUGUUCGUCAAGUGAGAAAUGUGGAUGGGCACAAGAGACUGAAUGUAACAGCCACGUUGGCCAAUUUAACCAUGCUCACCCCGUUUACACAAUACAGUGUUGAGGUGGCAGUAGUGAACGUUCGGUCUCAUGAUGGUAAGGUGUUGGAAGGACAAAGAAGUGCUGCCAUUGUUGUCAAGACAACGGAAGAUGACUCUUCUAACCAAGAGUUGGAAGAAGAGGAGAAAGAGACGGAACAGUCUUUCAGUAAAGCUCCUGCAACAGCACCACGUGACGUGACAUUUGCUACUGAUCCACCUCAUACAGUUAAUGUGAGUUGGAGGGAACCCACCACACCAAAUGGAAUUGUUCGAUAUUACAUUGUUGAAUACAUGCUAGCAGACGGAAGUGGAACCAAAAUGGGUUUUAAUCGUGUAAAAGGGCUGAGCCAGGUGAUUAGCAACUUGCAAGAAUCAACAUAUUAUGACGUCACAGUUCAAGCCUACACCAUUGGAAUUGGACCAGCAGCAUCAAUAAGAGUAGCAGCACAUGCAAUAACACCAACUGCACCUCAGCAUGUGAGAAAUUCAAGUGUGACAUCAAAUUCAGUUUCUAUUCAGUGGGAUUCUCCCAUGAACUCGAAUGGCAUCCUUCACUUUUACACAGUUUACUAUAGCACUGAUACUUUGCAAUAUGACACAUCACCUGACAUUCCCAUUAGUCGAAAUGCAUACACGUUGAUGAAUCUUAGUCCAUACACAACAUACUUCAUUUACAUGUCAGUUACAAACGAUCCCAACUUUAACUCAGAAAGUUCGCCUAGCAACGUUAUUCAGGUGCAAACUCUUCGGUCUCCUCCUCUUAAACCAGAUAAACCAUUAGCUGGUGACACAAGACCAUCAGCAACAACUAUAACAUUGGUGCCUCCAAGUGUUGAUGAUUCCAAUGGUCCAAUAAAGUAUGUUGAUUUUAUUGUGCACGAGGAUGUGACCGGAUCUGAUGGUGAUGAGGCAGAUAAUAUACCACCUGAUAUUAAACCAUAUGACAAGAGUAGGGUUUGGUAUGUGGCAGCUCGAUAUGAAUAUGAUCACUACAAGAAGAACAUAGUCGGACGUCAGUUUAUAAUUGGAAAUAGUUCAGUGGUGUCUGCUGGAGGUAUAGAGUACACAAAUGGACCACUACAGCCAGGACGGUCAUAUCUGGUAUAUAUCCGCGUCAUUGGGAUUGGAGAUGAUGGGGUGCAGGAGUUCUCAUCAGUCAGUAAGGCUAUAAGGCACACGACUGUGUCUACAGAAAAUGAGUCAUUGUCUGGAGGAGUAUCAAACUCAGUAAUAAUUGCUGUUACACUAAGUGUCAUCAUUCUCAUGCUAAUCAUCGUACUUUUCAUUUUUCUGAGGAAAAAUUACAGGUGCACAAGAAAUGAGUCAAAAUCUUUGGUGCCUAUGAAAUAUGAUAGUGUUAUUGCCAAUUCUAAAGCAACAUCUGGAACAAGUGAAUGGCUGGAGAAAAGCAAUGAGAUGAUGACAGUUAAUAGCUCAUAUGCUACUACAGGUGCAGACCGCAGUGUUGAAUCACGUGGAUAUGUAGAGGUUGGAGCUGGUACAGAUCAGUGGCAGCAAAACAGGAAGAAUGAGCAACCAUUGUAUGAGAGUGUGGAUGGUGAAUCAGCACUUUGAUCUCAAUGUAAUGAAAGAGAUAACUUUCUGAUAACGAUUUGUGGCUUUUAAACGUUUAAAAUACAUUUCUUAAUUAAUA